AUGUACUUCGCUGAUCCAUACAUUGGUGGUUUUAUUGUUGUUGAUCUGACAAAAUUGUUCUUUUGUAUUGGGGAAGGUUUUUUGGAAGUCCACCGACAGCAUUUGUUGGAGUGUGGCCAAAGGGUGACAAGAAAGGCAAAUGUCCCAACUCCUCCUUUUAAAAAGCCCAAUUUAAAUCCACCUAUUCCGUUUGAGAAUAAAACGGAUAGAAUAAUGGCUUGUUUUUCCAACUGUGAACCUGUGAGGACGGCGUAUUUAAGACAUCUCAUGAAACAUGUUCAUGUAGAUUCCUAUGGCGUUUGUUUACGCAACAAAGAUGGUCUGAUAGAGCGCUAUGGGCAUGACUAUAGAAAAGUAAAACAAAAUCUAGAAAGAUCAUACAAGUUUGUUAUUGUCUUCUUCAACCAAGAUUUUGAUUACUUUGUUGAUGACCAAUUUCAACAUGCAUUUAACGCUGGCGCAGUACCCGUGGUAAUGAGCACGGAUCAAAUUUAUGAAUUUUUGCCAGGAAAUCUUAAAAACGCCAUCAUUAAUGUCAGAGAUUUUAAGUCUCCGAAAGAAUUGGCCGACCGACUUAAAUUUCUAAUGAAAAACAAGAUCGAAUAUAAUAAAUAUCUGGAAUGGAAAGCAAAAGGUUUAGGCCAUAUUACUGACACUGUGAUUGGAAAAUAUUGGGAAAGUAAAUUUAUUCAUUGGUGCGAUAUGUGUGUAGCAAUAUCGAAAGGAAAAUGGCACAAAGAAGGUCUUAAACCUGAAUUUUGUAAGCGAAGAGAAUAUAAAGACUGGGGUAUUAUACCUUAA